AUGGUGCAAAACGAAACGCAAUAUCCAAACAGAUCUGCUUGGCCCCCUGCGCCGUACAGAGCUCUGUCGCUCAAGCAACCUGCCAACUUGCGCGCGGCCUUGAAGACUCUACUCAACGAAAAGGGCGACGGCCCUUCCAACAAUUUGUUGAUGGGACUCGGCUUGGGUGUCCCGUCCGUCGAGGUUGCCAAAGCGCUGUCUGUGACGCGUGCUGACUGGGUGAGACAUUCCGCGAGAGCCUCAAUGAUGCUCGUGACACCAGUCGAUGAUGCUUACAAUAAGCCUAUUGCCAUCGCCUUGAUUCCAAUUUGAAGAUUUGGGUCGAUGCCGAGCAUUCGCCCUUCAACGUCAAUUUGCUUGCAGACGUGAUUCAGGUGAGCAAAAGCGGGGACCUACUUCUGCGCCUUUUUGCGGCUAUUCGGCGGGGGAAAAGGGGGGACUGACGGUAGGGCGUAUCGCGUAUGCGCGUUGAUUCGUACAGAUCAUCAACUUCUACUCUGAAGGCCACACUGCUCCCGUCGUCCGGAUCCCAGGACUUGAUGCUGGUCUCAUCGCACACGUUCUCGAUGCUGGUGAGCACAAAUGGCUGGUAUGCUGACUUUUCACUCCUCACCCCGCAAUCUUGCUGACGCGCCAACUUUUGGGAUCCUGCAUCUACACAGGAGCCGGCGGAAUCAUCUUGCCUCAUGCUGAAGAUCCAGACGAGAUCAGACAGCUCGUUUCCUAUUCUCGUUUUCGUAAGCAGCGCAAGAGCAUCGAGGACUGACGACAUGAAACUCACCCAAGCUUGUUUCCUCGCGCUCUGCAGCACCGCAAGGUCAUCGGUCGUAUCCUCCGUUCGCCGUGAUUCCGGGCAUGACGGAUCAGGCACCAGAAGGAAGUUCUUUCGUGAGUCAAGGGCAAAUCUCAGAAGCUGGAAUUAUUGCUGACGUUGAGUCCCAUCGCUUUUUCAAGCUUCACGUUGCGAACGACCACAUCGCAGUCAUUCCACAAGUAGAGAGCGCCAAGGGCAUGUGAGUAGAACGAGAGAGGUGAAUGCGACACGCACCUAAUCCAUCCCAAUCCUUGACUCUUGGCCACAGCGAGAAUCUGGAAGAGAUUUGCCAAAUUCCCGGCGUGGACGCUAUCAUGAUCGGUGCGGGUGACCUGCGCAUGGAUCUAGGUCAUCCUAUGGGUCUAUUGGGAGAUGAGCCGGAUUUCAUCGCAGCGUUUGAAAAGGUCAAGCGCGUGGUGAGUACGAGUCUCGAGUACGAAGCCGCGGAUCACUAGCCCCCGGUUUUGAUCGCCAUCUGACAUCGCACCACACAUCGCCUCUGCUGCCUUGCUUGCGACCGUCGCAGUGCGCAAAGUACGGCAAGCCAAUAGUGGGCCUGGCCAUGAACGACGAGCUGCUGCAGAACCGCAUCAAGUACGGCUACAGGAUGCUCUGCGUCGCUGCGGACCUCUUCCUUUUGGCUUUCGGCUCCGCAAGUGCCCUGCAGGAGAUGAAACAAGGAGCUCAGAAACUUCUCAAGGAAGCCAAGGACGCGGGACCGGGACUCGACGUGAAAGCGGCCGCUGCUGCUGCCACUGCCCAAACCAUCGCCUCCACAGAUUGA